AUGGACGAUGGGCGCCUUCCCCGGAGCAAGAAGACCGAUGCCUCGAGAACCGGAGGCUGGGGGUCCGCCUUCAGAAAGAAGGAGAAAAAGAGAGAUCCAUUCGAUCCCUUGGGACUCUUGAGCUCAGAGGAGAGCUUCAGGAAGGACCAGCCUCUCACGAAUGUAGCGUCCACCUGGGCCACAUACGAUUUGGACAAUCGGCACAGGACGUGGUCCCAGCCCCACAAUCAUGCCACCGGUGACUCAACUGGAGGGACGGCACUGCAUGCAUCACGAAAGAUGGACGCUAGAAAUUCUGGCGAGCAGCGCGACGCGGAAGCAGAUUUUCUCGCCAUCCCGGCGUUGCUCCAAGGCCGACGCGGUCCUCGCUCCGCUUUCGAAAGGCGCAAUCCCUCGAUCGCGCGGGUAGAUGAAUCGGGGCCGGUCAAGGUCGUCAUCGGUGCAGAAUCCAAAACCGUGUUUCAACGGCCGGAUACACGCGCCGAGCAAAUGGAUGAGGAGGGAAAGUAUGUGGACGGGGUGAACAGAGGGAAGAUGAGAAAAGGCCUUGAAGAAGAGAGAGGGGCUCUGAUCCGGCGAAGAAGAGAGGCAAUGUCCGCAGCCAAAGCUGCAAAGAGGGCAUGGGAUGCUCUAAGCCCAGAAGGCAAAGAAAGAGAAGGCCUCAAAAAGCAACGCUCCGAGCAAAACUUUGCGUUGUACAGUGCCGGCCUGACAAUUGAUGUCCGGCUAUAUACGGCGCUCCCAGAGAGAGUACCAGAGAAAGACUAG